GUACUGGGAGCAGCUCCUGCCCCUUUAAGAGCGGGCGUGUCCGGGUGACAUCACUCGGGGCAUGAAUGAACAGGAGCGGGGUGCUCAGCCCCAUAGCGCUGGUGCCGCCGGUUGUGGGGCGCACCCCAAAACACCCCCCCCGCACUAUGGCGGGCACCCCCCCGGCCUUCACCAUCCUCUUCCUCACCGCCCUCACCCCCCUGGCAGCAGAGGAAGUGGUGCUGCUGGACUUCGCGAAGGCGCAGGGGGAGCUGGGCUGGCUCACCCAGCCCUAUGGCAAAGGGUGGGACCUGCUGCAGAACAUGCUCAACGACUCCUCCAUCUACCUCUACCUGGUGUGCAACGUGCUGGAGGGCGAGCAGGACAACUGGCUCCGCACCAACUGGAUCUACCGCGGCGCGGCCCAGCGCAUCUUCAUCGAGCUCCAGUUCACCGUCCGCGACUGCAACAGCUUCCCCAGCGGCGGCGGCGGCACCUGCAAGGAGACCUUCAACCUCUACUACGCCGAGUCGGACGUGGAUUACGGCACCAACUUCCAGAAGAGGCAGUUCAGGAAGAUCGACACCAUCGCCCCGGAUGAGAUCACGGUGCAGGAGGACUUCGUCACGCGGAACGUGAAGCUCAACGUGGAGGUGCGCUCGGUGGGGCCGCUCACGCGCAAAGGGUUCUACCUGGCCUUCCAGGACCUGGGCGCCUGCGUGGCGCUGCUCUCGGUGCGCAUCUACUACAAGCGGUGCCCGGCGGUGGUGAGGGGCAUGGCGCGGUUCCCGCACACCGUGGCCGGGGGGGACUCGCAGACCCUGGCCGAGGUGAGGGGCACCUGCGUGGAGGAGGCGGUGGCGGAGCAGGCGCCCGCGCUGCACUGCAACGCCGAUGGAGAGUGGCUGGUGCCCAUCGGGGAGUGCCUGUGCCGGGCCGGGUACCAGAGAGUGGGGGAUGCCUGCCAAGCCUGCCCCCCCGGCUCCUUCAAGGCCACGGUGUCCGUGGGGGGCUGCCAGCCCUGUCCCCCCCACACGCUGCCAUCCCCUGAGGCCGCCGCUACCUGCCCCUGCCAGGAUGGCUUCUUCCGCACCCCCAGCGACCCCCCCGAGGACCCCUGCACCCGUCCCCCCUCACCACCCCAAGGCGUCACGGCCAUCGGGAUGGGGGCUUCGGUGCGGCUGCGCUGGUCCCCCCCCGCGGACCCGGGUGGCCGUGGGGAUGUCACCUACAGCAUCACCUGCGAGCAGUGCUGGCCCGAGAGCGGCGAGUGCCGGCCCUGCGACGGGGGGGUCCGGUAUUCACAGCCCCCCCGGGGGCUGGCAGGGACCGGGGUCACCGUCACCGACCUGGAGCCCUACGUUAACUACACCUUCACAGUUGAAGCCCGCAAUGGGGUGUCCCCAUACAGCCAACACCGCAGCGUGGCCACCGCCACCAUCAGCGUCAACCAGACGGAGCCACCCCGGGUGACGUCGGUGAGCCUGGAUGGACGGACAUCCACCAGCUUGGUCCUCUCCUGGACGGUGCCACCGCGGCAGCAGAGUCGGGUCUGGAAGUACGAGGUCACCUACAGCAAGAAGGUGGAUGAGAACAGUUACUCUGUGCUGCGCUGUGAGGGCACCUCCGUCACCCUCCCCAAGCUGUCCCCUGCCACCACCUACGUGGUGCGGGUCCAGGCGCUCACCUCCGAUGGCCACGGGGCCUACAGCCCCCAGCACGAGUUCGAGACCCUGCCCGAGGGUGCUGAGGCCAUGGCAUCCGCCACUGUCAUCAGUGGCUCCAUCGUUGGUGUUGUCUUCGUCCUCCUGCUCUUGGGUGCUCUCCUCUACGUCCUCCGGCGGAGGAGGAGGUCACGGCCGCGCCACUCUGCUGAGGACGUCUACUUCUCCAAGUCAGAGCAGCUGAAGCCCCUCAAGACCUAUGUUGACCCCCACACCUAUGAGGACCCCAACCAAGCCAUGCUCAAGUUCACCACCGAGAUCCCUCCAUCCUUCAUCACCCGCCAGAAGGUCAUUGGUGCUGGUGAAUUUGGGGAGGUCUACAAGGGGACCCUGAAGCGUGGCAAGAAGGAGGUGCCAGUGGCCAUCAAGACCUUGAAGGUGGGCUACACGGAGAAGCAGCGUGUGGACUUCUUGAGCGAAGCCACCAUCAUGGGCCAGUUCUGCCACCACAACAUCAUCCGCCUGGAAGGGGUCGUCUCCAAGUACAAACCCUUCAUGAUCAUCACAGAGUACAUGGAGAACGGCGCGUUGGACAAGUUCCUGCGGGAAAAAGAAGGGGAAUUUGGUGUCAUCCAGCUGGUGGGGAUGCUGAGGGGCAUCGCCGCCGGCAUGAAGUACUUGGCCAACAUGAAUUACGUCCACCGGGAUCUGGCCGCUCGGAAUAUCCUGGUGAACAGCAACCUGGUGUGCAAAGUGUCGGAUUUUGGCCUUUCCAGAGUGCUGGAAGAUGAUCCUGAAGCCACCUACACCACCAGCGGUGGGAAGAUCCCCAUCCGUUGGACAGCUCCUGAAGCCAUCUCCUACCGCAAGUUCACCUCCGCCAGCGACGUCUGGAGCUACGGCAUCGUCAUGUGGGAGGUGAUGUCCUAUGGAGAGAGACCCUACUGGGAGCUCUCAAACCACGAGGUGAUGAAGGCCAUCAACGAGGGCUUCCGCCUGCCUGCGCCGCUGGACUGCCCCUCGGCCAUCUACCAGCUGAUGAUGCAGUGCUGGCAGCAGGAGCGCUCCCGGCGCCCCAAGUUUGCCGACGUCGUCAGCAUCCUGGACAAGCUCAUCCGUGCCCCCGAGUCCCUCAAGGCGCUGGCAGACUUUGACCCCCGGGUCUCCAUCCGCCUGCCCAGCACCAGCGGCUCCGAGGGCAUUCCCUUCCGCUCCGUCCCCGAGUGGCUGGAAUCCAUCCGGAUGCCCCAGUACACGGAGCACUUCAUGGCCUCGGGCUACAGCACCAUUGAGAAGGUCCUGCAGAUGACCAGCGAUGACAUCAAGAAGGUCGGCGUGCGGCUGCCGGGGCACCAGAAGCGCAUCGCCUACAGCCUGCUGGGGCUGCAGGAGCAGGCCAGCGCCGGGGGGGCACCCCUCUGACCCCCCCCCCCCCAAACCCCACUACUUGAAACCAACCAAAUGAAGACCCCCCCCACCCCCUCCUCCCCGAGGGGCUUAUUUAUUAUGUCUAUUAUUAUUAAGGUGGUUUGAUACCAUUAUUACGAGCAAUCCCCAGUGUUGGGGAUGGAACGGGUGCCC